AUGGAAGAAGGCUCAGGUUGGGUAUGGGAUUCUAGGGAUCUCGUAUAUUUCCAUCCGAGCUCCAAUACAUACGCCGUCAGCACCAACGGAGAGUGGUCAUAUGUCCAUGCGACAGAGUUCAAACCUGGGGAGCCAUCAUCAGCUAUGGCUGAUCACAGGACUGAGCUCGAAGAAGGCGAAGUUCGAGACGAUGUAGGAUGGGGUGCCCUGAUCGAGGGGACCGAAAGGGGUCAGAUUGCAACUCCUGUGGACAUCGAAGUUCUGCGGCUUGUCAUCAUUUCGUCUGAUAUCUUGACGCUUCACAAGGUGAUCAUGAUCGAUGGUACAUCGCCAGAAGGCAUUCAAAUCGGUAGGGAUAAAGUCCCUGGACCCACUCGUGUCCGAUUGAAAGAGAUGGCGGUGAGCAAAACACACGCAGUCAUCUUCCGUCAGGGUCCUGAAUGGUGCAUUGUCGACCUUGGCUCCACCCAUGGCACAUUCGUUGUUAGCGGUAGUGGCGCUGCAGAACGUCUCUCUCCUCCAAAGCAUGCCUCGCAACCUCACCCAUUAAAACAUCUCGACAAAAUCACCAUCGGAUCCACCACCGUCGUUGCGCAUCUGCAUCCAGAUUGGCCAUGCGACGCUUGCCAAAUCAAUGGAGACAACAUGUUUGAACUGUUUCAGGACACAGGGAAACGUGACCAGACCACUGAGAUCGAGAUCUCGCCACGAUACGCCGGCCCUCGUGGAAGUCAUGAAAUGUCAUUACUAAGAAAGAGUCUGCUCAAAGACAAUGGCCACUCUGCAACGAAGAACAGUGUCUAUGUCGACCGGUCUGCUUUACGACGACAGAUGGAACGUCCAUCUUCCAGACGAUCCGCUUCUCCUCCGCGUCUAUCCGAGCCAUCAAAGCCCGCUUCCUUUGCUGCCCGUAUGCUUGGCAAGCAAGGUUGGGUUGAGGGCAAGGGCCUUGGUGCUCAGAAUGAUGGUAUUGCAGAGCCGCUCAGCGUGAAGGCCAACAAGGACAAACGGGGUCUUGGGGACGAUGAAGAAGACUGGCGGAUACGUGGUAAAAAGAAGCGCUGGCGGGAGCUCGAGUAA